UCCUGCGCAGUCGAUUUGACCUUUGAACUAGCAAGCGCUUCCCUUUUCCUCUUCCGGGGACGGUGACUUCUGUCUAGGUGUUCACCAUGGUCCAGCGUUUGACAUACCGGCGGAGGCUGUCCUACAACACAGCCUCCAACAAGACCAGGCUGUCCCGAACCCCUGGUAACAGGAUUGUUUACCUUUAUACCAAGAAGGUUGGGAAGGCACCCAAGUCUGCGUGUGGCGUGUGCCCAGGCCGACUGCGCGGAGUGCGUGCUGUGAGACCUAAAGUUCUAAUGAGGUUGUCUAAGACGAAAAAACACGUCAGCAGGGCCUACGGUGGAUCCAUGUGUGCUAAAUGUGUCCGCGACAGGAUCAAGCGUGCUUUCCUUAUUGAGGAGCAGAAAAUCGUUGUGAAAGUGUUGAAGGCACAAGCACAGAGUCAGAAAGCCAAAUAAAUUAAAAAAUGAAGCUUUUUUGAGUAAUAAAAACAAAAGUCUCAUUCUGUUA